AUGUACAGCGGUCUAAUUAGCACCAGACUUGAGAUUGGGAGUAAUGCAGAUCUUGCUGAACUUGCAAAAACCUGGGCUCAGUCUAAUUCCCAGUCAAAAUCAGAUCCAUCACUUAAAGCAUUUUAUAAAGAGUUUCGCAAGGUUGUAGAAGCUGCUGAUGUUGUGCUUGAAGUUCUUGAUGCUCGAGAUCCCUUAGGUUCUCGUUGCUUUGAAAUGGAACAAGCUGUUUUGGCUUCUGGUAGUAAUAAGAAGUUAAUUCUUCUUCUCAAUAAAAUUGACUUAGUUCCUCGUGAAAAUAUAUUGAAGUGGUUGAAGUACUUACGGAAUGAGUUUCCUACAGUUCCUUUUAAAGCCAGCACACAAACUCAGAAACACAACUUAUCUUGUAAGCAUUUACAACUGCUUGGUGGAUCAUCACACUCUCUUGAAAAAUCUUCAGUUUGUCUUGGGUCUGAGCUUCUCAUGAAGCUAUUAGGUAACUAUUGUUGUAGCACUGGUAUACAGACAUCUAUCACUGUUGGAGUUGUUGGUUUACCUAAUGUUGGUAAGAGUAGUGUUAUUAAUAGCUUAAAGAGAGACAGGGUUUGCACUGUAGGAUCUGUCCCUGGAAUUACUAGGUCAUUGCAGGAAAUUCAGUUGGACAGACACAUUAAAUUGUUAGAUUGUCCUGGAAUUGUAAUGACUGAUUCUUCUUCUAGUGAUCUCUCUGUGUCAUUAAGGAAUUGCAUCAAAGUUGAUAGUAUGUCGGAUGUUAUUUCACCAGUCGAGGCUAUUCUAAGACGCUGUGACAGUAAUACACUAAUUCUUCAAUACACGAUUCCUGAUUAUUCAACCACUGAAGAGUUCUUGUCUCAUUUAGCCAGGAGAUAUGGCAAAUUAAAAAAAGGUGGUGUUCCUGAUAUUGAUGCUGCUGCUAAGAAAAUAUUGCAUGACUGGAAUUCUGGGGCAAUAAAAUACUUUACUCAUCCACCAGAAGAGCAGACACUGCCAGCACACAUAUCAGCAGAGAUUGUACAUGAGUGGAGUAAAGCAUUUGAUAUUAGUGGUGUUAAGGAAGAGGAGGAUAAAUUGUUAACAGAACUAAUGGAGAAAAUGGAGAUAGGCACUACCUCUUAGAAUUUAUCAUGAUUGUUUUGUAGUCAAUGAAUUUCAUUUCUAAAAUUAACUGCAUAACUCAGCAAGUAAAUUUAUUAUAAAAGUAUUUAAAAAGUUCCUUUAACUUUUCAAUGUC